UUUUCGAUUAUUGCUGCAUAUGGUUGGUAGACGUGAAUGGAAGUUCCAUUUUAGAACUAACUUCCCUAAAUCUGUUUCCACUUAAUGUCAUCUGUCAGGAUAUUCUAUGGUCAUCUGUUGAUAACCUAAAUUAGGAACACGCAUUUUAGUUGGUGUUCAAAAAACUAUUGCCGUUCAAAGAUAAAUGUGUUCCUCCUGCAGUGAAAAUGUUGCGCCGUAAAGAUUUUAGUUGGUAACAUGUUAUUUGACUCGGAAAGCAGUGAUGCGACUGUAGUUGAUAUAUUUUGUGAAUUCAUUGAAAUAGUUAUUCACAACAUUUUAUACAUAAGAAGAGUAUAUCCUGAUACAAUUUUUGAAUCCAAACGUAAAUAUGGUGUAGUUGUUCAUCAUUCGAUGCAUCCAGGUGUUUGUGAAUAUAUAUUACAUUGUGUUGACACCAUUGGUCACUAUUUGAAAAAGAACCAGUUGAAAGGUGUGUUUUUGAGUUUAAAUUCUGGUGAAAAUAUUGUAGAAAAGUAUUACUUUAAAAUAUUCAACAUCAAUUCUGACUAUGAAAGUAAUGAUCCAUUUACCAUAAAGCUUGAACAAUAUUUUAGUGAUUUUUGUUUAAAAUUAUAUUCUUGCAUUAGCAUAUUUAAUAGUUUACCAAAUAAUUCUACAUUUACUGUACAAUUAGAUGUAUCAGAGUACGCAACUUUAGAAUAUUCUCAAAAUUUAGCACAUCAGGGUUUUUUAUGGCUGGACGUUAAUGAAAAUGAAACCAAUUCAUCUACCAAAAUAAUUCCAUUACAAACUAUUCAAGCAGAUUUUUUAAUUAUACAAACAUAUGUCAUACAAUUAACACAGACUGAUUCGAGACUAACGGAAAAUCGUUGUUGA